UUUUUUGUAUUAAAAAUGGGUUAACUGCAUAAUUUGUAAACGUGUGGUUCGUUUGACACAGUUAAUCUCUGGUUACAGGGACAGAAGAAAUGGCAGCUCCAGGGAAAUGCUUCCUUGCGACUGGACCUCCUGGUGUGGGCAAGACUACUCUUAUAAUCAGAGUGCUGGAAAGCCUUCGCAAUUCCAACCCUAAUUUGAAGCUCCAGGGCUUCUAUACUUGUGAAGUUAAGGACGGACCACUGAGGGUAGGAUUCGAGGUGGUCACACUAGAUGGCCGAAAAGGGCUUCUGGCUUCCAGAAAAAUGUCCAGUUCCAAUUCCCAUAGAUGGCCCGCCGUGGGCGGAUACAGGGUGGAUCUCUCAUCUUUUGAGUCAUUAGCAUUGCCUGAGUUACAGUAGGUAAAGGAAGAUACUGAUCUGUUGGUCAUUGAUGAAGUUGGUAAGAUGGAACUAUACAGUCCUUUGUUUUUCCCUGCUGUGCUGAAAAUACUGGAAGCAGGGUUCCCGGUUUUGGCUUCUGUACCCAUCUCAAAGGCAGGACAUGACAUCCCUGAAGUGGCAAGAUUGAAAAACCAUCCAGGAGCUGUAAUGUUUAUGCUGAACCGAAGUAACCGGGAUGCAAUUAAAGAGCAUUUGCAUUCGCUCUUGUACGACCAGUUGCAGAAACAUUAAUGGUGGCAGAGGUAUGAUUUUGUCUGAGGAAAAAUAAUUAAAAUAAAACCUCAAAUAGUUACAAGUCAUAAUUAAAUGUUUAAUUCAUAAUAAAUUUGAAAAAAAUUCAAAAAUUCUUAGAAAAAUAAUAUAAAAAUUAUAUAUUUUUUUAAAAAUAAAAAAAAAAUUAUUAAUAUUUUAUUAAAAAGGUAAUAAAAAAAAGUAAAACUCCAUAAAAAAAUUAAAAAAUAUAUGGAUGCCUUUCCCACCGCCUCUACUACCUCCUUGCACCACCAUCUCCGGCCGGUAAAAAGUGUCAUUUUUCCUGAAAAUGUCAAAAAAAUGACAUAUUUCUCUUUGAGAAUGUCAACAUUUUAAUUGUUUUCUGCCAUAAAUAUGGCACUCGUAAUGAAUUUGGCAUUUUUUUUUCUCUGGUGACCGGAGCCUUGUCAUUGCCAAUGUCAAAUAAGGCAUUCUUGAUGUCCAAUGUUGUGACCGGGGCAAUAAGGCUCAUGUGGGCACUUGGUUGAACAAGUGGACCCGAAGGUAAAACCAAGGGGUCCAAUGCAAGACAAUCACUAGGCGUACCAAAUAGAUCAACAAAGAAACUUACAAAUUCAUUUCCCACUUGGUCCAACGAGGUAGUAAGUGUACCAUCCUUCUAGGUGAGCGAUGAGAUUGUGUUCCUUGCUAAAUUCCUCUUCACAAUUGCAUGGAAGUACUUGGUGCACUUGUCCGCCUCUAAGAUGUGUGUAGCUUUAGCCCUUUGUUGGAAAAAGGAAGCUUCGGCUUCACUUAGGAAGAUAGCUCGCUUUGAUGCCGCGGCCAAUUGUGCCUUUAGUUCCAAUUCAUCCGGGCGUUGGAGAGCCAACUUAUGAAGUCUUUUGAAGUCUUCUUUUGUUAAUUUAGCCUUAUUAGAGAUAUGGCCAAACUCCGCGGCAUUAAGAGUCUUAAGGGGUCUUUUAAGUCCCUUUAGUCUCUUAACUAGCUUGAAUUGGGCCGUUCCAUUAAAGUCUUGAUUCCAAUGCAAUGCUAAAAUAUUGGCAAAAUAAGGGUGUUUUAGCCACAUAUUAAAGAAUUUAAAGGGUUUGGGUCUAGAAGGGGAGUUUAAGAGUAUAGACACAACGGAGGCCGUAUGGUCGAACUCUACCUCCAUUUCAUGGAAAUGGACCCUACACCCAAUGCUAUUAAGCCCCCAACAAUCAUUGAUCAAAACCCGAUCAAGUUUGGCCCAAAGUGCACCUUUGUUCCAAGUGAAGAACUCUCCUGUGGAGGGUGCAUCUUCAAGGCCAUUAGUGGCUUUAAAGUCAAAAAGGUGUUGCAUAACAUACGCCGUAGGGGGGGGGGGGGGGGUAGGACCCACCCUUUCAUUAGGCGCACAUAUGCAAUUGAAAUCACCACACACCAUCCAUGGCUCAAUCAAGUGUUCACCUACCAAGGUCAAGUAGUCCCAAAGAGACUUUCUUUCUAGUACAAUAUACAAAGGAUACACAAACGUAGCAAAGAAAGGAGUUUGAGUUAUCUUACAAAUACACUUCGCAUGCAUAAAUUGCUUUUCUUUUUCCAAAAAAUCACAUUUUAUUAGAUUAGGGUUCCACAUAACCGCAAUGCGUCCCCCACUAAUUAGGUCAAAAUUAUUCUCAAAAAUCCAACCCGGCCAUUUAUUUAAAACAUAGUUAUUAAAGGCGGCCAAAGUCAUUUUAGUUUCUAGAAAACAUACUAAGCAAAUGUUAUUUGACUUAAUAUAAGAAGCAAUAAUAUUAUGUUUAGAGGUUUUGUUUAAACCUCUAACAUUCCAAACCAUAAGCCGCGGCAUUUAAGUGAGGUAUAGGUCCGGAGUAGGUCCUCCACCCUCGGU